UCCUUCGCAAUGGAGAAAGCAAUAUGGCGGAAUUAUAAUUGGUACUACGAUGGCAUAUGCUGGCUUUAUCUUUGGAGACGUAAUCUUACGUGUCACGAAUUAAUGUUUUAUUAAUAUAAAAAGAAGGAUGUGAACACUAAAACUAUUUAUCAACUAACCUGUCAAUUCUGCGCCGUAUCGGUGCGACAGGUAUAGUUUGUCAGCUUUUGUGAUGAAAAUUGUCGAUGAGUUUUGUAGAAUUGGCCUAGUCAUUAUAAUUAAUAACGAACAUUUUAAGAUAAUGUUGAAAACGAUAUGAUUUGACUGUCAUUAUUUUAACACAAUAAUUUCCACCUGUCGAUGAAAAGUUUCUAACAAAUUAAUGAAUAAAAUUUGUGUGUAUGUAUGAACAUAUGGUUACACACGUGAUAUACGUAAUGUGUACACAAACACACACAUACAAAUAUCAAUAAAAUUAAUAUAACAAUUAGUUGAAGCACUAUUCCAAUUAUUUUUUUAGAAACUUAAAAAAUUUUAUUUAAAAUGGAGAUUGGUAUUGUUAAGAUCGCAGAGGAUAAAGAUUUUGAAAAGUUAAAACAGCUCUAUGAUAAUAAUAAUGAUUGGAAAUUAGAUUAUAAUAAGCCCGAUUUGUCCGUUUGGACAAAAACUGUUCCUGGUAUUAGUUUUAAAAUGGUAAAGAUUAGAACAAGAUUUUCUGAUGUUAUGCCAGAAACCUUAUAUGAUGUUUUACAUGAUCCUGACUAUAGAAAAGUCUGGGAUACUCAUAUGAUUGAAUCAAAAGAUAUAGGAUUUUUUAAUCCAAAUAAUGACAUAGGAUAUUAUUCCAUGUCCUGUGCAUCUCCAUUGAAAAAUAGAGAUUUUAUAUUACAACGUUCGUGGCUUGAUACUGGAGGAGAACAACUUAUUAUAAAUCAUUCUGUUUAUCAUAAAGAUUAUCCACCUAGGAAACAUUUUAUUAGAGCAACAUCAUAUUUAACAGGUUAUAUCGUAAGGCCUUCACGAAAUGGAGAUGGUUCAGAAUUGGGUUAUGUAUCUCAUACAGAUCCUCACGGUAAAAUACCUGUAUGGUUAAUGAAUAAAGUUACCCAAAUAUUUGCUCCAAAGAUGGUGAAAAAGUUACAUAAGGCUGCUUUGGGAUAUCUAGAUUGGAAAGUCCAAAAUAAUCCUAAUUAUAAACCAUGGCACUUUCCAGAACAAAUAACAGCACCACGAAUACGAAUAGAGGAUUGCGUUAAAUCUACAGAAGAAAAAAAUUCCAAAGCUAAUUAUGUUGAUGAGUCUGAAUUAAAAGAGAUACCUCAUAAACAAUCUACAAUAAUGGACAAUGAUUAAUAUCUCGUAGUAUUGAUGUAGAUCUUUGCAUAGAUAAGAGUAGAACUAUAUAGUACAGUCUGUUAGGUACACACUUGCAAAGUGCAAAUCAUGUGUACGUUUUUGAGAGGACAAAAGUUUAUGAUGUAACUACUGAAGUUUUACACUCCGCAUUGCGCCUUGUUGGCUACUAUUUUUAAAUGAUGAUGUUAUAAAGGACAAAUUUUAUCAUGGCCUGCUUUACAUUAAGUGCUAAUUUAAGCUUUUUAUAAAUGAAUCCUACGUAUUGUUAUAAUAUAAAAUAUAGUUCUAUCUAUUUCCAAAGAGAAUUUAAAGAAAUGCACAAUAUAGAGAAUAUAUAGUUAUCACUUUGAUCUCUUUACUACGUACAUUUUCUGAAUAUUUCAGAAUUCUUAUAUAUUGCAUUUAUAUUAAAUUAUUAUACAUGUACUUUAACUAAUGAAACCACCUAUCUCAUA